AUGGACGCAGAAGAAGGUAUACUAUCCUUCCUUGAUCUAUUAGAUCUGGAUGAAGAAAUAAUAGAUAAACGUCUCAAAUCUAUAAUGUUGAAAAGUAACCACACAAACAAACAUCUUCAAAGCGUGCUUCUGUUAUUGCAGUACAAACAUUUAAUAAAUACAAAAGAAAAUAGCGACUGUGAAAAUGAUGAUGAAUAUGAUUUUACAGUUCAACUUAUAAGGAAUGCUAAUAACGAAAAUAUUGAUUAUAUUUGUAAGAUCAUAAAUAUUGUGCUGUGUCUUAAUAACGAUAAUAUUAUCAAUAAAUCAGAACAUUUAAUGCAACAAAUCUUACUGGACACAGAUUUCCUUAAAGAUAGCAGAAGAGAAGACCCUGCAAACGCGACAAUUGAUGAAACAGACUUAAACAGAGUGAUAAAGUUAAAAAUAUGUGGGAGUAUUUUAGAUGCAAUUAUUAAAACCCAUAACAAAUUGUCUCUGCCAUUUCUUGAAACUCCUAUAGAGAACAUACUGGAUUCUACUGACGAAACAUUAAAAAUUUACUUUUUGACCAAUACUGUACCUAAACUAUUUGAAGGAAUAAUUGGUUACAAUAUUUUGGAUCGAAUAUGGAAUUAUAUAAAGCAGUUAAAAGAAGAUGAGAAAGAGAAAGCAUUGCAGAUAUUGAGCUGCCUCUCUGAUUACUACUUACCAGCACCUGAUGGAAAACGAAGUGUAAAAUAUGAAUCGGAAAUAGUGUUCUUUUAUGAUUUCUGGAACAUCAUACUGUAUGGCAUCAUAUCGAAUGACACAGCUGUUAGAAAAAUAUCGAUUUAUUUAUCAAAAAGAGCCAUAGAUUAUGUAAUAUAUAUUAGUAGAGAUAUUUGCAUAGCAUCAGAAACUGAUAUUGUUUUUAACUGGAAUAAGAAUGAUUCCAAAAAUUUAAAAACCAUUUGGGAUAACUUUUUCAUACUCAUAGACAGUUUGGAAGAGAAACAGAGCAAUAUAGUGUUGCCAUCAUUAAAAUUAUUUGAAACUGUAGACAUUGGGGAAUGCUGGUUGAAUGCCGCAUACAAUAUUGGUUUAAAGCAUGACAAUGCACAGGUCAGAUUAAAAUGUGCUGAAUAUAAAUUAAAGACAAGAAUUGGGAAUGAGACUGUGGCAAGGGUUUUAUUGGAGGCCUACAAUGAUAUAAAUAUUUAUGAUAAUAGCAUAAACUGUCAGGUGCUUAAGACAGGACUAAGUGGUAUAUUUAAAGAUCCUUUUUCAUUUAUGGCAAUACUAAAAGCCAUACCAACUGUAAAAUGGUCACCAGUACCAUUUUACUAUUUAUCUGAUGUUCUAGCUAAUUUAAUGUCUGAAGCUAGUUUUGAUAUUUCUACUGUAAUUAUGGACAUUUUAAAAGUACCUUGUAAUAGUAUUCUAAUAAGAAAAGCAGUCCAUGUGAAUUUGGGAAAAUUUAUAAAAAAUUGUCAAAAAAAUCUUAGCUGGAGAGAUGCUGCUAAAAUCAUUUCUAUUAUACAGUUAGAGCCAGAGAAGUACCCAGUUGUACCACAUCCUGACACUUUCAUAGAUAAAGAAAAAAUUUGUUUCAAAUCUUUAUCUGAAAGUAUAAAAAAUAUAGAUCUUAUACUUUUAUACCUUUCGAAUAAUAAUAAAGAAGAUAUGGACAUCUUUAUUGAUGUAUUAAAUGAAAAAAUUGACAAGUUAACUGACAUAAUAAAUAGACAAUAUUCUGAUAAAAAAGAAUGUAUGAAGGAUGCAAUUUUUCUAAUACAUUUGCUUAGCAAAACGGAGGAUGAUAAAAACUCUGUUAAGAAAAUUUUACAUGAACUAGUUGUCAGGCAAAAUAGAACCAUAAUUCAAUAUGUUAUAAGUCUAUUUUCGAGUGAUAAUUUUUAUAUGGGUGAUGCUGGACCGAUAUUUGAAAAAGACAGCUGCAUAUUUACAGACAAUAACAUGGAUGAUAUUUUACUACAACUUUACAAGAUAUGCAUACUCUUUUUAAAAGAUGGCCAGGAAUUACACAAAACUGUCCUAAGUCUAUAUUGUAUUAAAGUAUUACAUAAUAAUACUAAUUUAAUGAUGAAAUAUUAUCAUGAAAUGCUUAAUUUAAAAGGAUUUCUAGAAAUAAUUUUAAACUAUCAAUUUAAAGAUUCUCACAACGAAAGUGAGGGUAGAGUGAAAAAUAUAUUUCACGAAAAGACUUGUCAAAUAACAUAUCAGCUGCUAGAAGAAGAAAAAGACCUCCACUUGUGUAUGAAACCAUUAAUUUCUUACAUUGAAAUCGUCUUAGAAUGCGGAGGGUAUGGAUGUCUCAAAUGGAUUUUAAAGAUCGUCAAUAAAAUUGUCAAGCUCCUUGUUGAUGGUGAAAACAAAUUUGAUAUGGUGCAAUUCGUAAACAGAGUAUGGUUUGAAAUUGAAGAAUUGAAAUCCAACAAUCAGUAUUCACCUUGCAUGCAAGAAUUAGUUGAGUUGUUAACCCAAGAUGCUUUACUAUCAAAAGCAAUGUUUAACAAUGUUAUAAUUUUAUACUGCAAAAAGAUAAUUGAAAAUGGUUCCGCUAAAACAAACCCUUUAUAUUAUUUGAGCAAGAGCAUUAAUAGUCGAGGUGUCCAAAAUUAUGGGCAUUUAAUUUAUAUAUUGUGUGAAAUACUGUUGUACUGUCCAGUACUAAGGAAAGAUGAAAGAAUAACAGAUAACUUGUGUUUAAAAAUUCUCCAAGAUGACGCAUAUGGAAUAGACAAAAAUAGCAUCGACGUCCACUUCAACUUCGAAAUACAAUAUUUAUCAAUAGCAACACUGUGUCAUAUAAGCCACAAUGAGACAUUAACUGUUAUUUUGAAGUUUAUUACAAAUAAAAUUGACGAUACGUUUCGGAACAAGCAGAGGUACCAUGGUAACUCUCAAGUACACAAAACACUAAUUUCGACACUGCAACACAUGUUAAUUAUUUUGUUGAAGUCUCCGGGUAAUCUGGAUUGGUUGCUGAAUUGGUGUCUCGAUUUGUUGGUUAAAUUGCCCCACCAACCGAGCGUGAGGAUAUGCUUGGAAUGGCUGGUAUCUUUAUGUUUUUAUAUACAGAAAAUAUCACUGGGAGAGAAAAUUCUACAGGUCUUAAAGUUAAGAAAUGUGUCCCUAACAUCUCAAUUCUUUAUUAUGUACUGGUUGUUAAAACAUAAAAUAAUAAACAAUACCUACACUGAUGUUGAAUACAAUCAUGUUUUAGAUUUUCUUCUUUCGCAUACAAUGGGACAGCUCUUCAAUGUUAGACUCCACGCGCAAUACUUAUCUGUCAUUUUACACAAAAUGGCGGGUAAAUCAACAAAAUUUGAUUACACAAUAAGUGUCAUCGAAAACACAUUCAAUGACAGUAGAACCGACAAGAAUUUUACUAAACUGCAAAUAGAUUAUUUCGCAAAUAAAUUUGAUAUUAUUGCCAAUUUGAAUCCUUAUUUUAUUUACUAUUUAUUACCAAAGUAUUGUGAGAUUGACAAUAAUGAAAGCGUUGACAUAGAAUUUGUUAAAAAUCAACUAAAAGACUUUGAUGGAAGUUUAGUAGGGGGUGAUGAGGAAUUUAUAAUCGAAUGGAGGUCUUGUCAAAGGGGCAAUGAGGAGUUUCUUCAAGUAGCUGGUGAUGAAAGUGGGAGUAAAGUUGUUCAAGAUGAUGAAUUAAUGGGUACUAUUCAGAAGAAAUAUGUGCCUUGGAAGAAUAUGAGUGAAAUAAAUAGUUAUGAUUUUGGGAAAAAGACUGAAACCAAAGGCGAUCUAAUAUUAGUGGCCUCUCUUAUCGAUAAGCUACCGAACCUUGGAGGAAUGGCGAGGACCAGUGAAGUGUUUGGAGUAAAGACUUACGUUGUGGGUAGUUUGAGACAUUUGCAAGAUAAACAGUUCCAGGGUCUUAGUGUGUCAGCCGAACGUUGGGUUAACGUAGAGGAGGUACGACCAGGACGAGCCCUGAAGGAAUACCUCAUGCUGAAAAAGUCAGAAGGUUACAUUGUAGUGGCUGCAGAACAAACAUCAACUAGUUCAAAACUACAAAACUUUAAGUUUCCUAAAAAGACGAUAUUGUUGCUUGGGCACGAGAAAGAGGGCGUGCCCUGUGAUUUAUUACCAAUAAUGGAUCAUUGCGUUGAAAUACCGCAACAGGGUUACGUGCGAUCUCUGAAUGUACACGUCACGGCCGCCAUAUUCGUUUGGGAGUAUGUCAGGCAAAAUGUGUUGUAA